CGCGAGUCGUCUUCCUCGCAGAGCCGCAGCCAAUUUGCAGACUCGCAAAAUUUCUUCCGGUUCAGAGGUUCCAGAUCUGGCGCUCCUUGCUCCGCCUUGCAACGCCUCCUCACGCCUUCCCCACGCUAAACGUGCAACUCGCGAAACAGCCGACCGCCUCGGGGCGUUUUCCUGCCGCCUCGCUCCGACGCGCGCGAAGGCAUGCCUUUGAAAACACUGUUUUACCCUGCUCUAUUGGGGAGAAGCUCAAUCUGAUUCUUUUUGGGAGGGAACAAAUGGGGCUUCUCAGCAUCAUUCGAAAAAUUAAAAGGAAAGAAAAAGAAAUUCGUAUACUCAUGGUUGGGCUUGACAAUUCCGGCAAGACUACCAUUGUGCUCAGGAUUAAUGGAGAGGACACCAGUGUUGUCAGUCCCACACUCGGCUUCAACAUCAAGACCAUCACUUACCAAAAGUAUACCCUUAAUAUAUGGGAUGUCGGGGGACAGAAAACAAUAAGAUCUUACUGGAGAAACUAUUUUGAGCAAACUGAUGGUCUGGUAUGGGUAGUUGACAGUUCAGAUCUUAGAAGGUUAGAUGACUGCAAAAUGGAACUUGAUAAUCUUUUGAAGGAAGAGAGGCUAUCUGGAUCAUCCUUAUUGAUACUAGCAAAUAAACAGGACAUAAAAGGUGCCCUUACUCCAGAAGAAAUUGCUAAGGUUUUGAACUUGGAGGCGAUGGAUAAAACUCGGCAUUGGGAAAUUGUUGGCUGCAGUGCAUACACGGGAGAUGGACUGCUUGAGGGAUUUGAUUGGUUGGUCCAAGAUAUUGCCUCUCGGAUCUAUGUGCUGGACUAAUGCCUAUCUUGAGUAUUUUAUUUUUGGUUGUGUUUUGAGUGAUUUUUCAUUGAGGUGGACAGUUAUCUUGGUAUUUAUGGAAGCUGAAUGGAACUUUAAGAGUUUGAAGCAAACUUUGCUGUUAAAAGUGAGAGGGAAAAUGCAUCGUUGUAGUUGUAGGCCUUGUGUAGAUAAUCAAAUAUUUUAAAAAUACACUAGCACUCUCUUUCUUUUCCUACAAUCAUUCAUACAUGGUGGAAGAUUACCCGCAUUUGGUUGGUCUUAAGCAAAA